AUGAUGUCUGUAUAUGAUGACCAACCAAAUGCACAUCAGAGGUUUAUGGAAAAACUAGAUGCCUGCAUACGUAACCAUGACAGGGAGAUAGAAAAGAUGUGUAAUUUUCACCAUCAGGGCUUUGUGGAUGCUAUUACAGAACUUCUUAAAGUUAGGGCUGAUGCAGAAAAAUUAAAGGUCCAAGUUACUGAUACCAACCGAAGGCUUCAAGAUGCUGGGAAAGAGGUCAUAGCUCAAACAGAGGAAAUCAUCCGAUGUAGAGUUCAGCAACGGAAUAUUACAACAGUUGUGGAAAAACUACAGUUGUGUCUUCCAGUGCUGGAAAUGUACAGCAAACUAAAAGAACAGAUGAAUGUAAAAAGAUAUUAUUCUGCUUUAAAAACAAUGGAACAGCUAGAAAAUCUGUAUCUUCCCAGAGUUAGCCAAUACCGUUUUUGCCAGAUAAUGAUAGAAAAUCUCCCAAAGCUGCGUGAAGAAAUAAAAGAAAUAUCCAUGUCAGAUCUCAAGGAUUUCUUGGAGAGUAUUCGAAAGCAUUCUGACAGAAUUGGGGAAACUGCCAUGAAGCAGGCACAGCAGCAGAAAACCUUUACUACUCUUCAGAAGCAAACCAAUGUAAACUAUGGUCGGAAUAUGCAUUUAGGUAGAAGCAGAAUUUUGGAAUCCAAGAAUGAAAUUACAUUGAAGCGAACGUUUGAAGAUGAUGAUGAACAUGAAGAGGAGGUUUUAACUGCUCAAGAUCUUGUAGACUUUUCUCCAGUCUACAGGUGUUUGCACAUCUACUCAGUUUUG